UAGACUCACGAAAGUCACGCCAGUCACUUGUCGUGAGCGCGCGACAUACUAUACGCGAAUCGAUUAGUUUCUUUAUUUUUAUCAAUUGUCAUUGUUCGAUUGUAAGUGAUCCUUAUUCCAAUCGCUAUUAUUCGAUUGAAAAUGCCGUUUCCGGAAACCGCCAAUGGUCACGAUAGCCUCCCAGCUGCCAAACGAGUGACUAACAACGACGAUGUGCUGCAAACAAAUGUGAAGCAUGGGCGUCAUACGUAUACCUUCGAAACGUUGCAAGAAUCAGCACAGUAUUUAUUGGAUCGCAUCAAGAUUAGACCGAAAAUAGGGAUUAUAUGCGGUUCGGGAAUGGGAUCAAAUGAGCAAAACGAGUUGUGUCCAGGUUCGAUCGCGGAAUCCCUUGUGGACAAGCAAUGCUUUCCCUAUGAAGAAAUCCCACAUUUUCCGGUGUCUACGGUAAAAGGCCAUACCGGUCAGAUGGUGUUUGGUUAUCUUCAAGGUGUACCAGUCAUGUGCAUGCAAGGCAGAUUUCAUUAUUAUGAAGGCUAUCCACUCUGGAAGUGUGCCAUGCCAGUGAGAGUGAUGAAGCUGGUAGGUGUGACACAUUUAAUUGCUACGAACGCGGCCGGUGGAUUAAAUCCCACCUACAAAGUAGGCGAUAUGAUGAUAGUGAAGGAUCAUGUGAAUAUGAUGGGUUUUGCUGGCAACAACCCGCUUCAAGGACCAAAUGAUGACAGAUUUGGCCCUCGAUUUCCACCCAUGAAUAAAGCCUACAACGCUACGCUAAUGGAAAUCGGUAGACAGGUAGCCGAAGAGAUGGGCAUUGGCGAUAUCGUACACAAGGGAGUUUACACGUGUUUGGGUGGACCUAAUUUCGAGACAGUGGCAGAGUUGAAAAUGUUACGAAUGGUUGGCGUCGACGCAGUUGGCAUGUCUACAGUUCAUGAGGUGAUCACUGCCCGGCAUUGCGAUCUCACCGUGUUUGCGUUCAGUUUAAUUACUAACCAGUGCGUCAUUGAUUACGAAGAUCAUGGCGAGGCGAACCAUGAGGAAGUAAUGGACGUCGGCAAGGCACGACAGCCGAUUCUGCAAGAAUUCGUAUCUAGAAUUGUGAUACGUCUCAGGGAUAUCUUGCAACUGCAGACGACAAAAUAAUUCGUUUGAAACUUUUUAUAUAAUUAAAAUAAUUCACUUCGUUAUAGGGGAUUUCUUAAAUUGUUGAAUUAUUCGUUUCAGUUUGCAAUGCAUAUAUCUAAACAAAGUCCUAAAAAGUUUCAUUUUACGAAUUUUAAUUAAUUAAAAGUUGAAAAGUUAUUGAUAGCACAAAAUAAUGUUUCAAUUUUAAUAUCGCUUGUUUAGUGUAAGAUUGUUCUUGAAUUAUUUUUUUAUUAAUCCUUUCUUAGCAAAACUGUACUAAUAUUAGUAAUCAUAAGUGUGGAGAUACUUAACGCGUAGAUUGAUUGAUAGGUUAAUCCUCGAAUCCUCGUUACCCCCAUUGUAGUUUCUUACUUAUUUAGUUGGCGUCUAAGUUCUACUUAUCUGAAUUUGGGCUCGAUUCAGAUCUCAAUUGAUUCGUUAUCGCGUCUUGAGGAGCCUUGUUGGAGAAGGAAAUGAGGAAGGAGAGGAAGGAAGAAGAGCGGAGAAGGAGGACUUAAAGACGGAGGGUUAGUCAGCGCUUCCUCUCGAUUUUCCGCCCUCGUUUUGUUACCCUCAUCUCGUUUCCGUACUCUUCUAUCGCUAAUGCAUCGUCAUUCGGCUCCGAUAAAUCUCAAAGACCAUACGGCACAGGAAUACCAAAUUAAAUUAUGAUUUGUUAAGCAGAAAAAUUGCGCGGUGAUGGAACGAUUGCCAGAAGCAUUUUUUCGCUACGAUAUACAUAUCGUAGUCUUGGAAAUUUUUAUAUUGUUAAAUGACAAUUGAUUUUUUUAGUAUUAUUCUAGAAUUAUUAUUUUUAAAGAAAUAGUAAAACAAAAAAUACUAAGUAGUUAAACAAAUUUCUUGUAAAUUUACGUGUUUGUAUGUAAGUUACGAAAAGAUAAAUGAAAAGAAGUAAGAUAUAUAAGUAAUUAAAAGAUUUGUAAGUAUAACAAGUAAUUAAAAGUUCGCAAGUAUCAAUGUAAAUAAAAUUAUAUAAAGUAAUUAAUGUAAUGCACUAUAAUAUGUGUAAAUAAUUUAUGUAAAUUUAAAUUCAAGGGAUCAAAAUUGCAUAUCUUACUAUAGAAUAAAAGUUACAAAAAUGCCUUCUUA